AUGAAGCAGGAAAUGCAGAAAUGGUUAGAUGGAAGUGUUGAUGGUAUCGUGUACUUUACAUUUGGAUCUUCAGUAGCAAUCAAAACCAUACCAGUAAACACUCUUGAAGCUAUUUAUGAAUUUCUAUCGAAACUAGCGCCUAUCCGGGUACUCAUGAAAAUUGUAGACAAAUCUCAUAAAAAUAUUCGAGCUUUUAUAACACACGGCGGAUUGAUGGGUACACAAGAAGCUUUAUUUGGAGUUCCCAUGAUAGGCAUAUCAUUGUACGGUGAUCAACUACGAAACGUCGCCGCAUUAUCAUCAAGAGAUAUAGCAGUGAAACUGGACUUUGACAACAUUACAAUCGCUUUCUUAGAUGAGGCCUUGAACAAAGUACUCUACGAUCCUAAGAAAAAUGCCCAGUAUUAUUCAAAAUUAUUCAAAGCCAGACCAAGGAAUUGA